AUGUUCUCCAGAUCAAUUCUUCUUGCCCUCUUAACCUUUGCCCUCGCCGUCCAGGCUGACCCCAAUUUCAACAAGUUUGGUAACAACAACAAGUUUGGUAACAACAACAAGUCUGGCAACAACAACAACAACAACAAGUUCGGCAACAAUGGCAACAAGUUCAAUCAAGGAAAGAAUCCUUUCCAGACCACACCCGCCGCCGUGGCUAAGUGCACUACCACCAACACUGUCCAGCGGACUGUCACUGUGACAGCUCGGGGCGCUGUAGCUACCAAUGUCGGGAAUGGGAAUGGCAAUAACGGUAAUAACAACAACGGCGGCGGCAACAACAACGGCGGCGGCAACAACAACGGCGGCGGCAACAACAAUGGUGGCGGUAACAACAAUGGUGGCGGUAACAACAACGGGGGCGGCAACAACAAUGGUGGAGGUAACAACAACGGCGGCAACAACAAUGGCAAUAACAACGGUGGUGGAAAUCCUCAGACGUCGUUGUCACUUGAUCCUAAGGUGAUCGCGACCGGGUUCUCGAAUAACGGCCAAGACGUCCCAACACUAGGACAGGUCGCGUCCUUGACCUCCUCGAACAAUUUCAUCAACUUCUGCUUGACCGUUCCCAACCUUCCUAUCACCAAUGGCAAGCAGAUUACAACAGGUUCUUGCAAUCCUGCUCCAAUCGGCGUCAUUCCUUCCAUCGAUAACAUGCCCUCUUCCAAGUUCGUCUUCCCCCAGAACUUUGGCACCAUCAAAGCCGGUACUACGUUCGAUAUUGAGAUGGCCAUUCAGAAAAUGCAGACCGGCUUUUUCGUUAAUGCUCAGGCGAACUACUUUGCUGCCCCGCAGACUCUUAACAAUCAAGGACAGAUCCAAGGCCAUUCGCAUGUUGUGGUUGAGCAACUCACCUCGCUCACACAAACUACUCCCACGGAUCCCCGCAAGUUCGCGUUCUUCAAGGGUCUCAACGCUGCUGCUGUCAAUGGAAAGCUGACCGCAACUGUCACUGGUGGACUGACUCCUGGAUUCUACAAACUCUCGUCAAUCAAUUCCUCGUCUAACCACCAACCUGUGAUCGUCCCUGUUGCCCAACACGGAUCUCUGGAUGACGCGAUUUAUUUCACGGUCACUGCCGAUGGGAAACCAUUGAAUGGUGGAAAUGGUGGAAAUAACUUUGCAGGAGGUGCUCCAGCUGCUUCUCCUACAACGUCAGUGAAAGCAGCUAAGACUACGUCUUCUGCGAAAGCCAGUUCUACCUCAAAGAACAGCAAUAAAGGCCGACGAAUGAGUAAAAGGGCUCUCAACCGUCUAUCAUAG